UCACUACGAAGUUAAAAACACGUGACAACGAUGACUCUAGUGAAGCGAUGUGUCAAGUUGGACGUGAUAUGGGUUAUAUGGACACAAUGUUCCCGUUUUCACCACCUGGUGAAAAUAAUAAUAAGCCACCCGCGGUGGAGGAAAUUAGUGAUCGUUUCGGAGCACAAAACUAUCGCCUUACACAAGUGAAACGUAAAAGGGAUGCGAUGAUUUUCGGAGACGAACCUCUAUUCAAAAAACACAAACAUUUUGCUUCUGUUUUGAAGGUUGAUCCUACAACGGAAUUAAAGAUUUCGUUGGCCGAGCCACCGACUACAAACAAUAGACGACCCGUUGGCGUUGUUGUGAGGUCAGCUCCGGUUGAUAUACCUAAAAAACGUUGUAUACAAUUGUUAUAAGAAUCACAUUCUUAAUAUUAUUAAUUAUUAUUUAUUCAUUUUUGAAACUUAAAAAAAUUCCAAAUUUCAUUUUAA